CCUGUGCGUCACAUACACACCGACGUCCGCACUUCGUAACCGCCUCGUUCAUUUUCAUCUCACACGGCGUUGACGGUGUAUUGCCAUAGCCGUUCGAACGAGAAAACUCGGUAAGAACGCGUCCUCACGAGUUCGUAUCGUUUUGCGGAAGCAGACGGCGCCGUCCAACCCGGGAGUCUACCAUUCGUCAACCGAUCCGCCGUACACUACACGUCGUCCGCACAACCAGAGCAAACAAUCAUGUCGAGCAAAAAGAAUAAAAAGCAGAAGUGGAUAUCGAUAGAAACAGAAGUUAUUUCAAUUGCUAGUGGAACAUGCUGGGCAGAUGAAGCAGAAAAAGAACAUAAUGGAAAACAUGGAUUUGCUGGCUUUGGAUUUGAACCUAAGCCAUUAAACCUUCCUAAGGCACCAAGAGCAGCAUGUGAAUCUAUUAUAGAUGAAAGCACUGUGCCUCAAGAAGGUCCAUUCUUGGUUCAUAUGUCAAAUUUGCAGUUUGAAAUUGAUGAAGAUGAUAUCACAAAUUAUUUUAAAGGACUCAAGAUAAACAACAUAAAAUUACCACGCAAUGACAAUGGACGUAAUAAAGGAUUUGGAUAUGUGGAGUUUGAAGAGCGAAAAGAACUUAUUACUGCACUUGGAAUGGAAAAUUUGAUUCGUGGACGUCGUGUACGAGUUGAACUUGCCAGUGGAAUGCAAGAUUCUAGAAAUGCUUUUCAAAGAGGCAGUCGCAUGGGUAUGGAUUUUCCUGGUGGCGAUGAACCUGGUGAUUGGAGAUCGACUAACCGAACUUCAACUACAACUGAUGACAGAGGAGGAUUUACUAGGCGACGAGAUGGUGGUGCUUUUGAUAAAGACCAUGAUAGUGAACGAGAUAAUGGUCCUUGGAGAAGUGCCAGGUGUAAUGUUGAUGAUGAUGUGGCACGUAAACCAUUUAGUGGUCGUUUUGAUGAUUCUGAAAGUGGAAGAAGACCUUUUAGUGAUCGGCGAAGUGAUGACUCCGAGGGCGGAAGAAGACCUUUUGGUGAUCGUCGAGGAGAUGAUUCUGAAGGUGGUAGAAGACCAUUUGGUGAUCGUCGAGGAGAUGAUUCUGAGAGCGGUAGAAGACCAUUUGGUGAUCGUCGAGGAGAUGACUCUGAUAGUGGUAGAAGACCAUUUGGUGAUCGUCGUUAUGAUGAUUCUGACAGCGGAAGAAGACCUUUUGGUGAGCGCCGUGAUGAUGUUGAGGGUGGACGAAAACCAUUUGGUGAAUCUAGAAGAGGAUUUGGUUUCAAUAAACGAGAUGAUGAAUUACCCGAAAUUGCUGGAGAGAAUACUUCAGCGCCUCAAGAACGUCCAAAGCUCAUACUCAAACCAAAGACUGUUGAUCCUGAUGCACCUAAGACUGAAGCACCUAGCUAUGUAGCUGCACCAUCUAUAUUUGGUGGAGCUAAACCUGUAGACACGGCAGCUAAAGAAAGAGAAAUUGAAGAGAAACUUUUAGCCAAAAAUGAAUCCAAACCCCAACCAGAAUUAUCUAAACCUCAAACAGAACUGUCUGGUGCUUCUUCAGAAACCAGUUUAAAUGAGACUUCUGAUAAUAAGUGUCAAGAAGAAACAGAAGUCAAGCCACCACCUCAGCCUAAACCAGUUGAAACAUGGAGGCGCAGGAGCCCACGUCGACAAAGUGAUGAUGAUCGUGUACCUCGGCGAAGAGUUUCUCCUGAACGUAACCCUAGAUAUGAAGAAGCUCCACUUCCACGAGAAAAUGCUUGGGAAAAACAUUCUCUAAUUAAAGAAUCCUUGUCUUCCGAAGAAACUACUGUGUGCAAUGGAACCCCGUCAAUAGUGGAAGAUGAAAAACCGAGACCAAACGUUUACAUUCCACCAAAUCUUCGUAAAAAAACUCCUUUAGGUGAAGAAACUGUAGUAAUAGGUACAGAAGAAUCUGAACCUAUUAGAGUUGAAACUGUCCCUGAUUUAGAUAAAAAUAUACCCGAUAGAGCAGCUGAUGGGUCAGAAAUUAUUGAAUCCAUAGUUGUAGAAGCGCCAAUCGAUGUUAGAACUGACCCUGAUGGGCAAUCUAGUGAACCUGAUGUAGUGAAAGAUCAACCAGUUACCGAAGAAGAUACAAAUGAUUCUGGAUUUAUUGAAUGUGGAAAAAAUAGUUCUGAUAAAUAUAAAUCAAAAAAGAAGCCUAAAGUCAUAAAAAAAUUACCAGAAAUAGAAGUUAAAAAGAAAGAUCCUGUUAUAACCAAGGAACUGAAGAAAUCUACUAGUAAUAAAUUUGCUGCACUUCUUGAUGAUGGUUCCAAUGAAUAGAAAAUACAAUUCAUGUUUAAUAUUAUUUUUUAAUUAUUUUUCAUUAAAUUGUUAUACUACUUAUUUUUAAGAAUAUAUAUAUAUAUAUAUAUAUAUACAUAGAGAAAGAUAGAGCUCUUAUACUAUGUAAAAUUCAAGACAGCCAACUUCUAUCUUUCUUUAUAAUCUCAUUAUUAUGUUAUAUUCAUUACAUUAAUGUCUGAAAAAAGCGUUUAAUAGUAAAUGUAAUUUUAUCGUAUGUUACACAUUUUAAGUUACAGUGAACGUGACUUGACGUCUGUUGUUACACUACAUCCAUACAAAUUUAAAGUGAUACAAAUUAAGAAUUUCAUCUUAACUUAACUGUUGAAUCAUUUUUUUUUUAAAGUUUUGUGGCUUGCACAAUUAUAUGCCACAGUACAAAUACGUUUUUUUUUUGUGAUUUAAAUUUAUUUAUUUAUUUUGCAAUUUGUCGUCUAAACAAUUCAUAAGACUGCUUACUUGAAUAAGUGAAUUAUAAUUUUUUUUGUAUUUAUAUAUAUAAAUAUUAGGUAUUAUGAUAACAGACGCUCAUUAUUUAUGUUAACAAGACUUUGACCAAGGACAAGCCACUGCCAAGUUUUCUUUUAGCAUCUUAAUUUGUGAACAUUUUUAAAUUUUGUUUGUGAUUUGUGUAUCAACAGACUAUUACAUAAUUAUUGGAUUUUAACUAAUAAAUAUAUCUAUUAUAUUAUAUAUUAUAUUCAUAAAUUAAGUAAGUAUUAUAAUUUAUAAAAGAAAUAUUAGAUAUAAUUGUACAUUUUGUCUCUUGAACGUAUGCAGUCUUGUGAUGUAU